ACGUCAACACGCUCGAGCAUGCCUACUACACUCCACAUAAACAAAGGCAGGACACGGCUCUGCGAUAAUUUGUACUGUCUUUCUAUUGUAUAUGCUAACAAUAUUAAAUAAAAUUGGAGCGGGCCUCAACUUUGGAGCCAUGGAAAACGCAUUACUGAUGCGAGUGAGUGUUUUUACCGAUCAAGGAGGCAGGAAAUACAUGGAAGAUGUGACCGAGGUCAUAGUAGAGCCUGAGCCGGGAGAAAAUGAGCCGAUGACUGGUGACCCAGAGGAGAACAUUCGGAGAGACUACACGUUCAAUUCUCUGGUUGGGGACACGUAUCCCGACCGGGCCGAUAAAACCGUGGAGUCCCCGCAGGUUUUAAACGCAUCCAGUGAACUCGUACAAACAGAAGACGAGGGUAUAUCGGUAGAAACGCCGUCACCAGGAGAUCUAAGCACGCCGCAAGUUCAGCCGAACACCCCGACUUGUUCCCGCCGUUCCGUAGCAUUCUUUGCCGUUUUUGAUGGUCACGGGGGUCGCGAGGCUGCGCAGUUUGCGCGAGACUAUCUUUGGGAGUUUAUGAAGAAACAGCGGGGAUUCUGGUCAGACUGUGACCGGGAGGUCUGCUCUGCCAUACGCAAAGGAUUUGUGGCAUGCCACCAUGCUAUGUGGAAGAAACUGCCUGAAUGGCCAAAGACACUUACAGGCCUUCCUAGUACAUCAGGUACCACAGCCAGUGUAGUGGUGCUCAGAGGAAACCGCAUGUAUGUGGCCCAUGUUGGGGACUCUGCGGUGGUUCUAGGUGUCCAGGAUGACCCUUCAGUCCCAUUCAUCCGAGCUGUGGAAGUCACGCAGGACCAUAAACCAGAACUUCCCAAAGAGAGGGAGCGUAUUGAAGGUCUAGGAGGAAGCGUGAUCAAGAAGUCUGGGGUGAAUCGGGUGGUGUGGAAGAGGCCAAGACUCAGCCACAAUGGUCCAGUCCGUCGUAGUACUGUGAUCGACCAGAUACCAUUCUUGGCAGUAGCUCGAGCUUUAGGCGAUCUAUGGAGUUACGACUUCUACAGUGGAGAGUUUGUGGUUUCUCCAGAGCCUGACACUAGCGUCGUGGUUCUUGACCCUAAAAAACAUCGCUACAUCAUCCUGGGCAGCGAUGGUCUGUGGAAUAUGGUUCCUCCUCAAGAGGCCAUCUCCAUGUGUCAGAAUAAUGACGAGGAAAUGGCACCAUGUGGGGUCUCGAGUGCCAGGCAGCUGGUCAGUCAUGCUUUGCUGCGGUGGCGCCAGCGGAUGUUGCGUGCAGACAAUACAAGCGCCAUAGUAAUUGCCCUGCAAGAGCCUGGGACCUGCCAGGAUACCCUGCACCAUGAGGAAGUGCUGCUAGACCUAGCCAAGGUGUCUCAGUGUCCCCCCACCUCCAUAUCUCGCGCAGACACUCCUCUUGUUCAGCGACUUCCAGAGGAGGACUCCCCCGCGGCCACGUGCGAGCUCUUCUCUGCGUUGGAGCGACGAGAUGGGCUAUCGGGAAGCAACAGCUUUUAUCACAUGGAUCUAUCUGACCCCUUUGCUCUGACUCCGCUGUGUUCAAACGGCAGCCCCGAGCUGCCCGCCCUGUCCAGUGCAACGGACAGGACAGCCGGCAGCAGGACACCCACCAGAAAAAGAACUAUUGACGUGUCAUCAAGCCCAUCAGGCCUGCUGGCAAAGAAAGCCCGGCGCAGGACUGCCGAAAGACCGCCACUGGUGCAACACAACGCAGAGAAGAAACAGAAAGACACCAAUAAUGUCUCCUCCAUUCUCCAGCAGCAUAAAAGUACCACAGUGUGUGUGUGCUAAAACACACACCUGCUCCCUCCCACUGUCACCGUCAUUUGCAGUGGUGCUUCUGUUCCAUAAAUUUGCAGCUUCCUCCUGCGUAUUGUUACAACUCUAAGCAACUGUUCUACGGAGGAAAGACUCACUGCUCGCCACUCAAACAGUCGACACUUAUAAAAAGUUUGUUUUGGAUGAAUUUUGUGUCUUUGUUUUUAAAUUCCUUCCUGAAAUGCUGAUGAAAUGUGUCUUAUGUCACCUCAGUUUCUAGUAACAAUUGUAAGCAUUAAAUAAUGUUGCUGGUGUAAAAUCUUAUGCAUUUUAUAGCAAGUAUUGAAAAGUAAGUUGAAUUGUUCAUUUAGAACAAAUAUAUAUAUUUUUCUACUUUCUUUUAUUGUAUGAUGAUCUUAGAGUAAUAUUCCUUUUAGAUGUGCUUCACCUUUUCUUUCUUCUCCAACUCAUCACUCUGUCAACAACAUUGUGUGCGCACUCCGUGUUAAACAUAUUUAUGUAUUAUUAUCAGUUUAUUUAAUCACUGGAGACUUAUCUUGAAUAUAAACUGAAGGUGCUGCUACCAUCACAAACCAGUAAGCUACUACAUUGUGUGUGUUGCUAUAUAAAUACAUGUAAUGUUUGCAAGUAUCAUGUUUUCUCAUUUGCCAUAAUGCCCCCCCCACCCUGUGACGUUUCUAAUAGUUGAACUUGUUAAUUGCACAGUGCAUCUUAAGGGAUAGGUCCAUCCCCUCGAUUAUGUUUUUAAUGUUUGUUGUGAAGCAUUACAGUUGUUUGGCGUCUUCACUUCCCUGAGCCUGCUCCGUACACCUGGUGUAAGUUCUCAGAAAAAGCUUUUUGGCAGCCCUUUGCUUCUGUACAUGUGUCUAUAAUAGUGAACUUCUGUCUGUGUGAACACCCUGGUGGCCCUAAAGGAAAUCUUCUUCAAUUGUGAGGCACUGCAAACAAUGUUUACAAGUAACAUUUAUUGAGCUAUUUCACGCUGCCAGCCUUUCACUGUGCAUGAACCUUCCCCUGCAGAGAAGAAACGGUCAUGCUUCCCCAGGUCAUCCUGCCACUUCGUUUUAUCUCAUUUGCAACACAACACCACCACCUGCACCACCUGUUUCUUUAAUACUCUCCUUCCUACGAGCUGCUGUCCCGCCAUGCUGCAGCGCGAGUUGUAUAGUUACCAAUGUAUGCACAAGGCUCAUCUGUGAUUAAAUACACUCUGCAUGGAUGGACUUUAAGAGAACUGUUUUGCACUAUUAUGGUGACGUUCAUUGUCUCUAGGAGUGAGUUGUUUUUAACAAACAAUGCAGCGAGUCUGAAAUGGAGGAUGUCAAAUAAUAAAAUAGUUUUAGAAUAGAUCACUCACUGAGCUUAGUAUAGUUAGGAAAACAUGACAGAGCCCUGAUUCAGAUUUUUCCUGCGAGAGAAUAACGACGGUUACACAGGAAAGAAAAACUUCUCAGUCUUUGUUACGUGAUGUGUUUCCACUGAGCUAAGUGCAAUUUCUAACAGGAAUUUGUAGCAUUGUGGGUUAUUUAAAUGAUACAGUGAUGAUUCAUGUUUGACAUACUCUGUAAAUGCAGUCUGUUGCUUGGCUUGGAAUUCCUCAAUUAUGAUUUUUUAUAUAUAUUUGAGAAUUCUGUUCCUCUUUUUGUUUGCUUAUUAAUCUAAGUACUCACCUCCCUGAUUCGGAUAGCUGUGCUAACACCAAGUGCAUGUGUACAAUGUAAAUGUGAAAAACACUUAUCUGGAAAUGAACCUAUUUAAAUAAAAAAAAUACUCUGAAGUAACUUAAUUACAAUGCUUUGAAAAUAUUUAGUAAUUCAAAAAAUCAUUAUGCAAUCUGAACGGUUUUGCAAACAAACAAAAAAAAAAUUUGCCAUUGCAUAUGUCCCACUGGUUGAACGUCAGAAGGGAAAGAGGAAUUCUGGAGUGAGGCUGUGUAGGUUCUCAGUCGUGGUAAUCUAAGGAGACUGAAUAGAAAAGACUUUCUCGAGUCUUCAAGGCAUCUUCAGGAAACUCAAAGGAGUCCAGUCGCUUUUCUAUUCAAGCUCCUUAAAGUUCUGGAGUGAGUUAGAUGAAGUGGUAGAGAGUAUCCCCAGAACAGGUUCAGGAUGUUCUUCAGUAUGUUAUUGUCGUUUUCCUUGUUUUUGACUGCUAAUUAGCUGCACCAGAAGCAACCUAGAGACAGUCCAAAGUCUGUGGGUGACCAUGAAAUCUGGAGGAGUGUGACAGACUGACCAAAGAAGAAUGGGUGGGAUUGUUCAGGAGGCUUGUGUGAGACUUGUUGAAAAAAAUAGCAAAGCACUGCAGACUGUUGCCCUGCAAAAAAAGAUACACAACUGCUCGUUAGCAUAAGGGGGGCUAACAAGUUUGACCUUGGUUU